AUGGGGGUGUCGGCCAUUGAUGAACAGCGCCAGGCUAUUUUGGAUGCCAUAAAGUCUAUCACUCGAGGCGACGAAGAUGACAUUCUCAACGAGAACAUCGCCAACGUGGAAAUACUGGAAAGCCGGAGGGAAAUGAACCCUGGCAUGGAUGCUAUAUAUCUCCUAUCACCAGAGCCACAUGUUGUCGACUGUUUGUUGGCAGACUUCGAACGUCGAAGAUAUCGCAAAUCAUUCCUAGUAUGGGUUGCCCUUCUCGAUCCAACGAUGCGCCGGCGUAUCGAUUCCUCUAAACAAGCACAAGAACAACUAGCCGGCUGGGAAACUUUGUCCAUAGAUUAUUACCCCCGCGAGUCGCAUUUAAUUACCUUCAGAGAUCCUUGGAGUUUUCCUAUUUUAUUUCACCCAGCAUGUGCCCCUUUGGUGCGCGACCAUAUGCAACUUCUAGCGCAAAAGGAGGAGCUCGAUGCAUACCAGCAAUAUAACCCCAGUUUCCCACCGCCAUCUAAUCGACCUCAAGGUGUUCUCCUCAUAACGGAUAGGUCAAUGGAUAUAUUAGCACCAUUACUACACGAAUUUACAUAUCAAGCCAUGGCACACGACCUCCUUCCAAUCAAAGACCACGAGAAAGUUACAUAUACAACUAUAUUGAAUGAAGGAACUGCACAAGAAGAACAGAAAGAAAUGGAAAUUGGUGAGAAAGACAAGAUAUGGGUAGAAAAUAGGCAUCAGCAUAUGAGUAAAACUAUCGAAAAAUUAAUGAGCGAUUUCAAAAAGUUCAUCGCAGACAAUCCACAUUUUGCUAACCAAGAUGCGGAAAAUGUCAGUAUAAAUCAGAUCAAGGAUAUGUUAGCAGGAUUGCCACAAUUUCAGGAGAUGAAGGAAGCAUACUCUUUACAUUUGAAUAUGGCACAAGAAUGUAUGAAUAUCUUUCAACACCACGAGCUCCCCGAUAUUGCAUUAGCGGAACAAACACUAGCCACAGGACUCGACGAAGAUUACCGGAAGCCUAAGGAGAUGGGUGCACAAGUCAUUCGUUUAUUAGAUAAUCCAGCUGUUGCUCCCAAGGAGAGGUUAAGGCUUAUUAUACUUUACGUCAUAUUCCGAGAUGGAUUAAUUGUGGAAGAUAUAGAACGUCUUCUACAUCACUCAGGACUUCCUCUCUCAGAAAUGAACGAAAUUCUUAACCUAGAAUUACUAGGGGUACACACCACCAAGAAACUUACAGAUAAGAGCAAAGCUUCACCAGCCCCAUUAUUUCCGCCGAAACCUAUACCCACCAUCAUCAACGAAGAGCUUGCUCUGUCCCGAUAUGAAACCAAUCUACAACGUAGUCUCGAAGAAAUAACCAAAGGAACCCUAGAUCCGUCUAUUUUCCCUUAUACAAAACCCCCCACUGAUCCAUCCGAAGACAUGGCUUUUCAAUCACAAGCUUCACUUCGUAGUGCGAAGCCUACAUGGGCUCGUGGACGGAGUACCACACCAGAUAACAUGCAAAGAAUCAUUGUUUUCAUAGCUGGUGGAGCUACUUACUCCGAAGCAAGAGCUUGCUAUGGAAUUUCGAAAGAUUGCAACAAAGAUGUGUUUUUAGCGACCUCUCACAUGCUCAAUCCAAACUUGUUCCUAAAGCAAGUCGGUGAUUUAACCGCCAGCAGGAAGCAACUAGAUCUACCAAUUGACAGACCAAAACCUAAAGCUCCGGCCUAUCUUUUCAUAGCCAAUGAUCCUCCUCCAGCUCCACCCGCUGCGCAAGUAGGACUCGGACUACCAAGUGGACCAAAUCAUGCCCCAGGAGGCGUGAGACCUCCAAGAAGCCCAGGAGCUCCGACCCCGCCAAUGAAGAGUCCAGAUGGUGGGCAUUUGACUGCGGGAAUGCAACAGAUGUCUCUAAACGGGACAGGAGAUGCAGCAGGACAUUCUUCUGGAAAAUUAGAGAAGAAGAAGGGUGAAGAUGGGAAAGAGAAGAAAAAGAAAAUGCACUUCUUCAGGAGUAAAAAAUAA